AUGACGUAUAAAAUAUACGUUUCGUCUUUACUUCUAUUAUCCUGGUAUGCAUAUGGUUUACCCUAUGACAUGUACAGUGAUCCCGAUACUAGAAUAAUCAGAGGGAGAAAUGCACAAGAAGGAGAAUUUCCGUAUCAGGUUUCUUUGAGAAAAAACUAUGAAAGCGAGUACCACGUCUGUGGCGGAUCCAUCAUCAGACCAAAAUGGGUGUUGACUGCUGCCCAUUGUUCAAUCGACGAUCAGCCUGAAGAUAUAACAGUAGUAGUUGGGACUACAUCAUUAUCUUCAGGAGGCGUUAGGCACGAAGUGGAAAAAAUUAUAAAUCAUGAGAAUUAUACCGCACCAACCGUAGAAAAUGAUAUUUCCCUUCUUAAAGUAGUAAAUGAAUUUAGCUAUGACUCCAAAGUGGCUCCUAUAGCCUUGACAGAUGAGCCUCCCCUUCCUGGUACCGAGUGUGUAGUGACAGGAUGGGGAUAUACUAAUAAUUAUAGACGGGUACCUGAUAAGCUUCAAGUGCUUGACGUCAAAACAGUAUCGGUGGAGCGGUGCAUACAGGUAUUGGAUGAAUUUGAAGGCAGAUUUCCUAUAACUGAUGAGAAUGUUUGUGCUGUUAAGGGAGAAGGAUCAGGCGCAUGUCAAGGUGAUUCUGGUGGCCCAUUGGUGGCUAAUAACACGGUUAUUGGUAUUGUGUCGUGGAGUUUGAGUUACUGCGGUCUGGGAUACCCAGAAGUAUAUGUAAACGUUUACACAUACCGCAAUUGGAUCUUAGAUAACAUAGAAUACGACGAGUCAUCACGAUAACUAUACAAAUUUUGUCUCCUGCAUUUUCUUUGAUUUUAUCUAC